CUCCGGGUUUGACCAGCUCCGAAAUUUCGAAAGACCCGAGUCGUAACUCGUAACGCGUAACCCCUUCCUUCCCCCCUCUUCCCUCUUCCGCCCAAUCGGAGCGAAGCUUCCACCGCGCCCCUCACCUGUUUGUUGUUUUGCCUCUGUUGGUUUCUUCUCCUCUGUUCCCAAAUCCACCCUCUCUCUCUCUCUCUCUCUCUCUCUCUCUUCGAGGCGGGCGAGAUCUAGAAGCUUGUGAGGAGGAUAUACAGAGUGAAGGAGAGAAGAGGAGGGAGAGGAAGAAGAAGAAGAAGAAGAUGAUCAAUUGGGAGCUCAAAAACUGCUGCGAUCGCCGUCAAGUGGUCUUCAUCGCGUGCAUUGGCGUGUUCAUCUUCGUAAUCCUCGCCUUGUGGAGGACGGUGUUGCUCACCCCGUUCAAGCUCAUCACGGUGUUUCUUCACGAGACGAGUCAUGCUCUCGCUUGUAAACUAACGUGCGGCGAUGUGGAGGGUAUGCAGGUUCAUGCCAACGAGGGUGGCAGUACUCAAACUCGUGGCGGCAUCUAUUGGAUUAUCUUGCCUGCUGGGUAUCUUGGUUCGUCAUUUUGGGGAAUGGUUUUUAUACUUGCAUCCACAAAUCUUCUCACCACAAGAAUUGCAGCCGGCUGCUUUAUACUUGCAUUAUUUGUUGUCCUUUUUGUUGCUAAAAAUUGGACACUUCGAGGACUCUGUAUAGGUUUUAUCAUAUUUCUUGCCAUCGUUUGGGUUUUGCAAGAAACUACAAAGUUCCGCAUUCUUCGCUACGUCAUCUUGUUCAUAGGUGUGAUGAACAGCUUAUUUUCAGUUUAUGAUAUAUAUGAUGAUUUGAUAUCUCGAAGAGUGCACUCAAGCGAUGCUGAGAAAUUCGCCGAGAUCUGUCCUUGCCCUUGUACUGGUGUUGGAUGGGGAAUUAUAUGGGGUAUGAUCUCAUUUGUUUUUCUAUGCGGAUCCAUUUACCUUGGGCUUGUCAUUUUGUCUUAAGGUAUUCACUUGAUAUUUCCCAUAACCUUAGGUUCUCUUUCAUUUUCUCUUUUCAUUGGAAGGGAUGGUCUUUAGCGUUCGUGAAUGUUUCUAAUCUCUCUGUACAUUGACCAUUUUGGUUGUACUUCGAUCUCAGGGGUUGCAAGCUUGCAUAUACUCUCAUUUGCCCACAGAGAAUUAGGUCUAUUGAUUUUGUUAGGCCAUCAUUGCUCGUGCCAUUGAAUUAUUUUGUGCUCACAUUCUUAUUCAAUCUGUAUACUACACCAUUUGUGUAUUGACAAACACCAAAGUCAUUGACUCAUUAAGCUCCAUUUUUUGGUUCCUUGAUUGGAUGUCACUCUAUAUGAUGUCUACUAAUUGCAUGAACUAAUAUAUGUUACAUUCUUUUCAUAAUGAAACCAUCUUCUGUUUGUUUGCU